AAACCUGAAGACUCUGGUGGCUAAGGGGCUUCAUCCCCGCUGAGAAGCGAAAAGCCGCAGGCGGCCGCCUACUUCACAGCCGCUCGGGGUUUUUAGAGCUUCAGCUUUAAAAAUGGGCAGGAUUUUCCUUGAUCAUAUCGGUGGUACCCGUCUGUUUUCCUGUGCAAACUGUGAUACGAUCCUGACCAACCGUUCGGAACUCAUCUCCACUCGAUUCACAGGCGCCACUGGCAGAGCAUUUCUUUUUAACAAGGUAGUUAACCUACAGUAUAGUGAAGUUCAAGAUCGAGUCAUGCUCACUGGCCGCCACAUGGUUCGAGACGUGAGCUGCAAAAACUGCAAUAGCAAACUGGGAUGGAUCUAUGAGUUUGCCACUGAAGACAGCCAGCGUUAUAAGGAAGGUCGUGUGAUCCUGGAACGCGCUCUAGUUCGAGAAAGUGAGGGCUUUGAGGAGCAUGUACCAUCUGAUAACUCUUGAAGAAAAAGAGAGAAAUCCAUCUUUUCCCAGGUCUCCUUCACUGAAAACAAAAAUCUACUUACAUACACUGUCACCUUAGCAUCAGAGUCGGAUUCAUGAACUGCGGAACAAGAGGUUGUGAGAAUCUAUGAUGGAACCUUCCUUUCUUUCCUUUUUUUUUUAAAUUUUCUAUUUUCCAUCCAACAGCAGUGUGUAGAGAGAAUAUUAUGCAGAUGCCUUUUUUUUCCCCCCUGUGUUUACAUCUUGAGGCAGAAUAGUCUAUCUGCAGCUACAUGGUGGGCUAUGUGAGGAAAAAAAUCUGGGCUAUUAAGAGUGAAAAAGUAUUUUAUGUAAAUUUUGAAAGGAAAAUGUGUCAAGAGCAUGGUUUUUAAAUUUAUUUGGGCUUCAUUUUAAGACUUUUUUUA